AUGGAUACUGUAGAAGAGGAAGAAAAUCAAAUUCAAGUUCGUUUCAUUACACAUCAAAAAGAAUAUGCUAUUACAGAUUCUGCUAUACUUGUUCCAACAAAAUUACGUCGUUAUGGUCUAUCAGAAAUAAUAAAUCACCUUCUAGAUUUUGAGAGGCCAGUUCCUUUCGAUUUUAUGAUAGAUAAUCAGUUUUUGAGAACAAGCUUAGAAGAAUAUUUACAGUUAAAAGAAUUAUCAACGUCAAUGCUUCCUCCAACUUCAUUAUCAACCUUUCAACAUGACGAUUGGAUAAGUUCUGUUAAAGGUUAUAAUAAAAGUCUUUUCUUGACUGGUUCGUAUGAUAAUCACGUUCGUAUAUUCAAUCCUUCUGGUGAAUGCUUGCAGACGUUGAUUGGGCAUAUAGCACCAAUUAAAAGUGUAGCGUGGGAUCGUUCCAUUCGAGCUUGGCAGGUCUCGCUUUCAGAUGGAAAAUAUACUCCAUUGUAUGAUUGUAAAGGACAUAAAGAAAGUGUAGAAUGUCAUGUAGGUCAAAUAUCAUCCGUGGAGUUUGACAAAAAAGAUUCGAAUAAACUGUAUAGUGGAGGUUGGGAUCAUUCGGUACGAGUUUGGGACGUUGAAACAAGGACCAAUAUUGAUACUAAGAUUUGUGACAAAACUGUUCUUGACAUUGCUUGUUCAGACAAUUUAAUUGCAUCUGGACAUUCCGAUAAAAUAGUCCGAAUAUGGGAUCCACGGUCAGAAGAUACGACAGUGGUCAAAUUGAUGCUUUCUUCACACAAGAAUUGGGUAUCAUGUGUAUCUUGGUCACCUAAAUCGCAGUUUAUGCUUGCCAGUGGGUCUUAUGAUGGUUCAGUAAAGAUUUGGGAUAUUCGUAGCAAAUCACCUUUAUAUACAAUUCAACAAAAUUCAAAUUCACAAGAAACAACCCAAAAAUUAUUUUGUAUUGAUUGGGAUAUUGAUAUAAUUUUAAGUGGUGGAGAGGAUAAUCAAUUACACAUUUAUGGAACUAACAAGUUAGAUAUACAAAGUUGA